AAAGAUGAGCUUGCUAAUAGAUAUCACGUGACAUGGAAGGGUUAAUUAUGGCAAUUGGCGAGGGAAAGAGAAAGAGUGAGAAGAUAGGAUGGUGAGUGAGUGAGUGAGUGAGAGAGAGAGAGAGACAGAGAGAGAGAGAGAGAGAGAGAGAGAACCGAAAGCUGAGCCCUUAGCUUUUAACACGACCAGGCAUCACCCGCAGCAGCAGAAGCAGCUCUCUGCACCGCAGGCCCAGCAGCAGCCAGCAGCCAGCAGCAGUCACAGCAGCAGCAGCAGCAGCAGGAGGAAGCAGUGAGACAGAGUCAGCCCCCCCUCCUGCAAAAACAAGAAGGCAACGAACGUGAGAGCCAAAGAGAGAGAGAGAAAGAGAGAAAGAGGUCGAGAAGAUCUCCAUCAGAAGGAAUUUCAGAGUCCCACCACACAAGCCAAAGCCUUUCUUUCUCAGUCCCUUCGUUUCCAGUUCCCUCCCUCUUAUCAGUCAAAAAGAAAGCAAGAAACCAAACCCCAUCCCACUAAGCCCCACCCUCAACUCAACCUAUUUCAGCUAGCUUCCUCAGACGCCCAUAAUUACGCCGCAUCAGCAGCAUCAGCUGCAGCACCAGUAUUAGCAGCAGCAGCAGAGCUAGCUGAAUUAUAUAGAGAGAGAGAGAAAGAGAAAAAAAAAAAAGAUAUAGGAGUUUGGUAGGGAGGGAAAGGGGUGCUAUAUAGGAGUGAUAUAAAACACCAGUAGUGGUGGCUUCUGGAAGGCGAUUCCCAUCCGACACCGGUGCCUUCGCCGACUGGGUGGCCUCCUCUGCCACCGGCCGCGGUGACGACCUUUGUCUCGGGUUCAAUGCCGGCGCCAACGCUGCUGCUGCUGCUGCUGCCGCCGCCGCCGCCGCCGGUGGCCCCAACAGCGCUGGUGUUCCAUGGGGAUCGUCCACCACCUCUUCUGCUCGCCAAUCUCUCAAUUACGGCCUAGCUGACGUCAGCAUGCUCGUCGUCGCCCCUGCUGCCUCUUUCCACCAUCACCACCAUCACCAUGAAUCCCUCCUCCCUUCCAGUGAUCACCCAAUCAUCCCCCUCCUCACCGCUGCUCCCUGUGUGGGCGACGACGAUGUCCGCGCUAAACACUCCGGGAUCCAAUUCUGGCAACCACAAACCCAUCCCCCUCCUCCUCAAAACCCUAACCCUAAUCCUACCAUUCCUUACCUGAAAAAACCCGUCCCUAUGCUUGAUGCCCCUGGCGGCAUCCUCUCUUCCGUCGCCGCCGGUGGUGCUACCUGCCAGGACUGCGGCAACCAAGCUAAGAAGGACUGCAACCACCACCGAUGCCGCACUUGUUGUAAAUCCCGCGGGUUUGAAUGCUCCACCCAUGUAAAAAGCACCUGGGUCCCCGCUGCUCGCCGCCGCGAACGCCAGAUCGCAGCCACUGCCGCCGCCGCUGGCUCCUCCGGCUCCACCUCCACUUCCAAGAAACCUCGCCUCAUCUCUUCCCAAACCACCACCACGUCUCACACCUCCACCUCCAACAACACCCCCCCUCGUAGCUUCGAUACAAGCUCCAGCCACCAAGAUGCGGGCUUUCGCGAGGGCUUACCGGGGCAUGUGCGAGCGCCUGCAGUGUUCAAGUGCGUCCGCGUCACGUCCAUUGACGACGGUGAAGACGAGUACGCUUACCAAGCGAUGGUUCGCAUCGGAGGGCAUGUGUUCAAAGGCUUCCUCUACGACCAAGGUCUCGACGACCAAACACGCAACGAGGACAUCAACAAUAACACCAGCACCAGCAAUAACAACAACAACAGCAACAACAACAACACCGGUGCUAUUCCCAACAUCUCAGACCUUCAUCUCGGCGGUGGUCCUUCCGACGUGUUCGCCGGUGGUGGCUCGUCUGGUGGUGGUGGAUUGCUUGGAGGUACUACUACAUAUGGUAACCCAAUAAAUUAAAAAUGUCAACUUCAUCGCAUUCAAACACAAACAACACUAUACUUCUCACUUGCUCCUACUACCGGGACUACUUCACUUUGAUAUUUCAUGGGGGUGCAGCUCCUGUACUUCCAUUUGUUGUUCUAAACGUAUGUGCCAUUGUUAUGAUCUGCAAGCUACUGUUUUUUUUCUUCUCAUUAUAUUGCUUUAUAUCGUCUUUCUUUCA